AUGUCCUGGCUCGCAGAGCACACAAUCAGAGAUGGCUCGGCCGUGGCAGAGGCACUGGACGGUCGCCAGAUGGGGCCAAAGCCCGUGCCUGAAAUCCUGGCGGGGCUCUAUCGCAGCUCCUUAGAAGCGCCUGAAGCUUUUCAAGCUGAAUACGAGGCCUCAACGAACAGAGUGCUGUCAAUCCUUCAAAGUUUCCAGUUUCAAGAGGUUGACCUUCAGUUGGACGACCGCAAUGCACUGCACUACGCUGCGGGCUGCGGCUGCUUAGAAGUCUGUGAGGCGUUGUUGCGACAUCCACAGCUGAACUUCCAGGAGGACCGUCACGGACACACCCCGUUGCUCUGGGCGGUGCGGCAUGGCAUGGCCGGGGCGAUGCAACUCUUAUUGAGGCACGGCGCUGUGCCUUGGCAUUCAGACCAUCGUGGAUUAACGGCUCUGCACUGGGCCUGUGCCCUGGGCUUUGGGAGGCUUUGCAAGUUGCUCCUGAUGGUGCCGCUGAAUGCGGAGGCGAUGAAAGAUCAGCGUUGCCAACGUGGCUGGACUCCAUUGCACUCUGCCGCUUACAGCGGCUCAGCGGCCUGCUGCGAACACCUCCUGAGCGCGGGCGCGGACGAGACGCUGCGGACGCCGCGGGACUGGACGGCUUUGCACCUGGCGGCCCUGCAGGGACAGGUCGAGGCCCUCAAGGUCCUUGCCUCCCAUUGCUCAACAGAGGUGUUUCUGGCAUUAGACGCGCAGGGUUUGAGCGCCCUAGAUUUGGCGAAGGAGUCGGGGCAUUUGGAAGCAGCGGAAGUUCUUCGACAUCCAGAGGAGACGCAUCGACACCUGGUGCGUGCAUGGUACAAGUGUUUAUCCCGAGGACCUAAGGUGGCUUUCGAUGAUUUGAUCGAGGCGGCCCUGUUGAUCAAGGCCCCGGAGGUGGAGAAGGUGGGGCAAGAUGCCUUGGAGCUGUGCUGCCAGGUGGUGGACCUCGGGUUUCGCAUCGCUGGCUAUGUCGUGGAGGUGAAGGAUUGUCGGGGUCCAUCCGGUGCAGCCCCGGCGCGUGUGUACUAUGCCAGAACCAAGGAGCAACGGAAGGUAGAUGAGGUGGAGUUCCUGGUGCCGCGCUUGCGGCAGACCUCGGGCCAGGCCAUUUGGCAACGAGGUGGCACCUAUCAAUUUCGUCUUCGCGGAUGUUGUGACCGACGAUCGGCUCCAGAUCCCUAUUCACUUCGGCAGGUGGUGUCUGACUGGUCUGUGGCCUUAAGUCUCACUGGCCGUUCCAGUCGCCCCAGUAAGCCACUGGGCGCCUCUGAGCGGAUUUCACAGACCUGAGAUUUCUCAGCGUUUCUGAGUCGUCGUAGUCAUGGUGAUGUUGCUGCCUGGCGGC